CCAUCUCUCUUCACUCAUCAGAAGGAAAAAAAAACCCCAUAAUCAACACUACAAACAACUUUCAAUUACAGAAACCGCAUCAACUAUCUUCAUCUUCAACGCCACAGCAAAAAUGGGUAUUCCAAAGAAGCUCAUAAUCUGCCUCUUCCUGGCAACAACAAUGGCAAUCCAAACCACCACAGCUCUCAUGCCCUACACACGAACCUCCCUCUGGGACCUAAUGCUCCCACCAGAUGACCCAUUUCGCAUCCUCGAACAAACCCCUCUCUCCUCCCCCAAAUCAAUCGAAACCCUAGCUCUCGCUCGUUGCGAUUGGAAAGAAACGCCCACAUCCCACGUGAUCACGCUCGACGUUCCGGGGCUAACAAAGGAAGAUAUCAAAAUCGAGGUGGAGGAGAACAGGGUGUUGAGGAUCGGAGGAGAGAGGAAGGAGGAGAAGGAGAUUGAGGGGGAGAGGUGGCACAGGUUUGAGAGGAUUAGCGGCAAGUUCUGGAGGCAGUUUAGGUUGCCCGAGCAUGCGGAUUUGGAGCGAGUGAAAGUGCAUUUGGAGAAUGGGGUUUUGAGGAUUGAGGUGCCGAAGGUGGUCGCGGAGGAGAAGAAGAGGAAAGUGAUUGAUAUUGCUGAGGAGAGGAAGGUUGGUGGUGAGGAUAUUAAGGCUAUGAAGAAGGAUGAGAUGUGAACGCAAAUACUCUGUUUUGUGUUGGGGUUUUGGUUGUUGCUCUGUUUUUGUUGUUGUAGGUUUGGGCUUUUUUUUAUAUAAAUGCAAUAAUUAAACUUGAUGGGGGUGUGUGUGAUAUUUUGCUAAGUUUGUGUUUUUGAUAUAAAUGUAAUAAUUAAACUAGUUCUAUGUUUAUAUAAGUACUCUUAUAUUAAACUAGUUCUAUGUUUAUAUAAGUACUCUUAUCUUGAAUAAAAUCUAUUUGUUUUCAAUUUUUAUUUUUA